AUGGUUGCGGAGGUGACACAGAAAAGCCAAAGUGGGGUGAGUUUCACCUGUGAAAGCUUUUUGAAAGAACUAAAUUUUGAGCUGUUCUUGAAGAACAUGAACUGCAAGAAUGAUGUGGGGAAGGCAUUUCAGAUGGAAAGUGCAGGCAACGGUCCAGAGGAAGAUUUUAAGUCCUGUGUAUGGUCAGCAAGUGAACUGACUCGGCUAGAGCAGAACACAGAUGAAGAAUGCCAACAUCUAGUUUCCUUACUAAAAAGGACUGUAGCUUGUCGUCUGAAUCCAGGUUGUCUUAUCUUUAUUAUAUAUGUGGACUUCCAGCCUGCAGACUUUGCAGUUGUUGAAAAGCAAAAAUCAAUCGAGCUCCUAUUUCUGCCCAAAGCUGAAGACAAGGUCUGGGGAAAAUGUGAUCAGGCCGACAGUUACUGUCAAAAGCGGCUUUUCCCCUUAGGUAGCCUGGCAGAAGCAGGACGGCAGAGACUGCCUUCAGCUGGUGGGUUUGCUAGCUCCCUUAGGGCAACUCACAGCCCCAGCAUCGUGAGUAGUGAUGAUGAGCCAGGUUAUGGCCCAGAUGUAUUCUGUAUACCUAAUUAUUACGCUGAGGGUUUGGAAAAGGUGUUUAUUUCUCCUGGACUAAUUAUGGGCAGAACUGAAUGGCUUGCUGGAGACGGGAUGAAGGAGAUGGGAGGCCAUCACAUUGUAGCCCUCUGCGUGCUCAAGGCCAGCUAUAAAUUAUUUGCUGACCUGCUGGAUUACAUCAAAGGUCUGAACAGAAAUAGUGAUAGAUCCAUUCCUAUGACUGCAGAUUUUAUCAGACUGAAGAGCUACUACAAUGACAUAACAAGGGACAUGAGAGUAAUUGGUGGAGAUGAUCUCUCAAUUUUAACUGAAAAGAAAGUCUUGAUUAUUGAAGUUAUAAUUGCCUCUGGCAAAACGAGGCAAAACGAGGCAAAACGAGGCAAAAGGAUGCGAACCUUGCUUUCCUUGGUCCAGCAGCACAAUCUGAAGAUGGUCAAGGUUGCAAGCUUGCUGGAAAAAAUGACCCCUCGCAGUGUUGGAUACAGACCAGACUUUUUUGGAUUUGAAAUUCCAGACAAGUCUGUUGUAGGAUAUGCCCUUGACUACAGUGAGUACUUCAGGGAUCUGAAUCACAUUAGUGGUGUUAGUGAAACUGGAAAAGCAAAACACAAAGCCUAA